GGUGUGAGUGAGAAAGGGAGGGGGCAAAGGAGGGACAGACGGGAGGGGAGGUAAUCGAGGCAGGUCCCAGGUGAAGAGGGGCACAGCAGGACACAAAGCGCAACAGGAUAAAGCCCAGCAGGUCUGCUUGUGGCGCGGAAGGUUUGCGUUGCUCGGAAACAUGUUGGAGAGGAUAACCCCAGCACCAGCAACGAUCCCGCUCAUCUGGACCAUCCUGACCUUUGCCGAAUUAAGCAGGAGCGAGCAGCCAGCGGCCCAGGACAUCAGCAAAGGAGUGGACUGGCUGACCCGUUAUGGUUACCUGCCGCGCCCGGACCCUAUGACGAACCAGCUCCGGACCCUGGGGAGCUUGACCAGUGCCAUCAAAUCCAUGCAGAGAUUUGCUGGGAUUGAGGAGACUGGAAUUCUCGAUCAGAGAACGCUGGAAAUGAUGAAGAAGCCGAGGUGCUCGCUCCCCGACAUUAUCGGCACCUCGGAGAUGAUGAGGAGGAGGAGGAGGAGGAGGAGGAGGAGGCGGUAUGCGCUGUCUGGAAACACCUGGGGGAAGAAGGUUCUCACCUGGAGGAUCAAUAAGUAUCCACAAGUAGCUGACCUGCGUCAGGAGGUAAUUACUAAUCUGCUACACUACGCCUUCUGGGUGUGGAGCAACGCCUCACCUUUGGAGUUCCAACAAUCGAGUGGGGAUGUAGACAUCCUCAUUGAGUUUGGGAGAUCUCAACAUGGUGAUGCAUACCCAUUUGAUGGAGCGGGGGGCACUUUGGCGCAUGCCUUCUUCCCAGGGGAUUAUCCGAUAUCUGGAGAUACCCACUUUGAUGAAGACGAGACCUGGACCUACAACAGUGAAAAAGGUACAGACCUGUUUGCUGUUGCCAUCCAUGAGUUCGGACACGCAGUUGGCCUCAGCCACUCCUCUGCAGGACAAUCGAUAAUGAAGCCUUACUACCAGGGUCCCGCCGGAGAUGUACGGAAUUAUCAACUACCUCAAGAUGACGUCUAUGGGAUUGAACAACUGUAUGGCAAGAAGCAAUCAGCUGGGAAUACACCCGACGACGAUCCAGCUCUCAGUCCACGAAUCCCCGACGUUCCUUACCCACACCCUAGUAGCAAGCCUGGGUAUGAAUCCCCUGAUCGCUGUGCGGUAACAUUUGAUGCUGUUGCUAAUAUCCGAGGAGAAUCCUUCUUUUUUAAAGACCAUUACUUCUGGCGCAUACAACGUGCCGGCAACCUUGUCUCCCUGAAUGCGGCACAGAUCAAGAAUUUCUGGCAAGGGUUACCGGCGGACUUGAAGAGAGUUGACAGCGUCUACGAGAGGAUGACGGACCACAAGAUCAUCUUCUUCAUAGGGUCUCAGUAUUGGGUCUUCACCAACACACAGGUGGAGCGUGGCUAUCCACGGUCCAUUAGGGACUUUGGCCUGCCAGUAGACAGCGUGGAUGCGGUCUUUGUCUGGGCCCACAACGGCAAAACCUACUUCUUCAAAGACGACAUGUUCUGGAGAUUUGAUGACCAGCAGCAAAGAAUGGACGUGGGUUACCCCAAGAAAACGAGUCUUUGGAAAGGUGUGCCUUCUCAGCUGGAUGACAUCAUGGGCUUCUCUAAUGGUACAACAUACUUCUUCAAAGGGCAGACCUACUGGAGGAUGAAAGCUGGUGAAAUUGAGGCAGAAUCUAAGGGUUCGACACAUCGUGACUGGAUGCACUGUGACUUCCCAGAAGAACCUCCUGCACCUAAAGACCCCAGGGCCGAGGGCUGCAGCUGCAUGCAGGAUUCGAAUGCAGGCUGGGUCCCGAGACCCAGUAGGGCCCUGCCACUGGCUGUUCUGGUGGCCCACCUCUGCAGGCAGUACCUCCUGUUGAACUGAACUCUGAGAUGAUGCUGUCCCAUCGUCUCCAACUGGCACCCCCUUGGAAAACCUUUGUCACAGGGCUCGAAAAGAACACAGAGAAAGUGCACACCUUAGGCUUCAUCUCCAAUGUCCAAGGAGAGAAGUCUGGAGGUUUUCUGAGGAGGGUGUUUUGUGAAAAUUAAUUAAAAUCACU